GACCACGCCCCGAUGCCUGGUUAAUUGACGAACAGGCCCACCGACUUCAAGAGUCCAUUCUCUCCUUUCGACAGUCCACGCACCGGCACCCACCUUCCUCGCAUGCACGCCGCACCGAGCGCCACCUUUGUACCUGCAUCCUAACUUGACAAGUUGACAGCUGCACCCGCCUGCCACCACCCCCAAACCAUGGAAGACCCAAAGCCCACCGCCCGGCCAGAGAGCUCGCACAGCUCUAACGGGGACGCCGACUCAUUCGAAGAUGCCACCGAAACCACUCCCCGACCGACGUCUGCCUCGCGCUCGCGGUCGCUGCUCAGCCGGCGCGAGUCGUCGGCGUCGGCAGACCAGACGCCAGACGCAGACGUGCCCGAAGUGCCUGGCAUUCCCCACGUCGACGGGGCGCUCGAGGAGAAGGAGCCCGUCCCCGUGGCCGACGAGCAGAAGACACAUGGCAUACCGCCCGCGGAGACGGCCGCUCAGCCCUCCGGCGACGACGCUCCCAAAUCUCCAAGCCUCACGUCGCAUAGGAUAUCGGUGACAUCCAUGGACGAUGUCUCGCUCGAAGAAGAAGCCGUACAAAGCACCGACCUCGGGGGUCCGCCCACGCUCCCGCCCCGCGAUUCCACAAGCAGCCUUCAGGGACUGUCUGGCAAGAUGUCACCAGUUAAAUUCCCCCCGCCGCCACCACCACCGGCUUCCGAAAAGCACACCUCGCUGCCGCCGCCGCCAGCAGCGCCAACGCGCAAGCUCACAAGCCCGUUUUCGUGGCUUUCGCGGAAUAGCUCCAGCAAGAAACAGCCAGAGUCCCCACCGCUCGCUACUGCCGACAGGAGGAACACUACUUCUUCCCUUGCAACCAUCGGCAGCAACACUGAGCUCGGCAGGAUUGAAGAUGAGGACACGAUCAAGGGCAACCGCUCAAGCCAGGGCAGCCUGCGCGAUCGCUUCAAGUUUCUGCGAAUGAGGGAAGAGGCUGGUAUCACCAUAGACGAGGCCGGUGAGCCCGGACAAGGAGGAGCCCCAACUGGCCUGGGCAUUGGCCUCUCCAGCCCUUCAAGUGCACACGGCGAUGAACCGACCAGCCCCCUACCUGGCGCCCUUGCGAAGCAGCCCACUGUCAACCCUAACCUCGCCCCUGGUACUGCUGCCGGUUUCGCUGCUGGUCCUGCGGAGGCCGCCGAACCGGUUGACUGGGAUCUGUGGCAGAAUGUUGUCAACGAAGGCCCUGCUGCCGUCGCACGAACUAGCGCAGAGGAGCUCAACCGAGCUAUUGCGAGCGGUAUUCCUCAGGCCAUCCGUGGUGUCAUCUGGCAGGUUCUGGCGCAGAGCAAGAACGAUGACCUCGAGAUUCUGUACAAAGAGCUGGUCGCCCGCGGUACAGAUAAGGAGACGACCAAGGUCAAGACCCCGCAGCUUCCAAAUGGAUCAGACAGUAAGGAGAAGGAUUCGAUAGCGUCGUCCUCGUCCUCAAUCCACUCCGACUACUCAACUCCCGCUACGACGACCGGCAGUGCGCCCAUGGGAUCGCCUUCUCUUCCAUCUGACAAUCAUGAUGACAUGGCAAAGCUUCAGUUGAAGCUUGCUGCCGAGAAGCAGAAGAGCACCAAGCAGGAGAUUGCCGCAAUCCAGAAGCUUGAGAAAACAAUUAAGCGCGACCUUGGCGCACGAACAAGCUAUUCCAAGUACCUCAUGGCUGCAGGUCUGCAAGAUGGGCUUUUCGGCAUUUGCAAGGCAUACGCCUUGUACGAUGAAGCUGUUGGGUACGCGCAAGGUAUGAACUUCGUCGCCAUGCCACUGCUCUUCAACAUGCCCGAAGAGGAGGCUUUCAGCUUGUUCGUGACCCUCAUGAACAAGUAUGGCCUCCGAGAUCUAUUUGUUGCAGACAUGCCUGGGCUGCAUCUGCACCUCUACCAAUUUGAGCGUCUCCUCGAAGAUCUUGAGCCUGCUCUGUACUGUCACCUCCGAAGAAAGGAUGUUAAGCCCCAGCUCUAUGCUACCCAGUGGUUCUUGACCCUUUUUGCAUACCGCUUCCCGCUCCAGCUGGUGCUCCGCAUCUACGACCUUAUCCUCAGCGAAAGUCUCGAGACCGCCAUUCUCCGAUUCGGCAUUGUCCUUAUGCAAAAGAACGCGGAGGCUUUGAUGGGCAUGAAAGAUAUGGCUACCCUUACGACGUUCCUGAAGGAGAAGAUCUUCGAUGUUUACAUCGACAAGGCACCCUCGGCCUCUUCUAUCCUCGAAAGUGGCUUUUUUGGAUCUACUGGCGGCAUCGACAAAGAGGUCUACCGUGCCGAUGUACUCGUCAAGGAUGCCGUUGCGGUCAAGCUCACGCCGGAGAUGGUAAAGCAAUAUACCACCGAAUGGAAGGAGCAGCAACGGGUUGAGAAGGAGCGAGAGACCGAGUUGCAAGGCCUGAAGGACAAGACGGCUAUGCUUGAGACUAAAGUUCGCACUUUGGAACGACGUGCCGAGCAGUCCGAUACGGAGCACGUCCAAGUAGCAUCCGAACUGAUCAAAACAAAGGUAGAGAACGACACGCUAGCGGAAGAGAAUGAAACACUCAAGACCAAGGUCGAGGAGCUGCAAAAGAUCGUGGACACGCAACCCGCGGAAGUGGAGGAGAGGAUGCGGACAGAGAUGGACACCGUCAUGCAGAAGAACAUCAGCGUCCACAACGAGAACCGCAUGCUGGAGGAGAACAUGGCCGAGAUGGAGAAGGACCUCGUUGAUACUAAGAUGAAGUAUGCGGAUAUCAACCAGCAGUACGAGCAGCUUAAGCAGAAGUGGAACAACGUCACGCAGAUGAUGACGCAGUAACCGGCUUACGGCCAUGCAUCUGUUUGUACACUUCAGCGACCCUAGCAUUUGAUCCGGCGCAAACCUGCAUAUCAACGUUGCAACGCGUCAAAUACGUAUUCCUCCAAGCGACGACCGCCCCUUACUCUGGUUUCUCAUGUCCAUAUUACCGCUAGACCCGCCCUGUCGGGAGAAGCACCCCAUUUUCUCACUUUACUGCACCCUCAUGGACGACGCUCGAUUUGUAUCCCACACGCAUCUCAUCAUAUACCCACGGCCGAAUGAGGAGAGACCCUCCCUUGGUGUUUUGUCUCUUCUCUUUGCGCUUCUGCGCUGUUUCUUUGGAUAAUGUUUGCAUCAUUGGCUGGCUUGGAUGGCGCAAACGGGGCUCUGCUCUUGGGAAGAGAUAAAGGCAAACCAUAGUUUCGGGGGGACUCAUGGGCUGUCCGUAGUCAUAGUUUUCUAGUUUGUAGUUCUAGUCAAGUCAUGGAG